AUACAUUGCUAACCAAAACAGACUAUUUGACAUCAGUGACAGCAGUCUGAGGCACUACAUAAACCUCAGAAACCUAACAAUCACAAAGACACGUCUUACGUCCAUUUCAUCGGAUGCUUUUUUUAACAACACGAGACUUCAAUAUGUAGACCUCAGAGACAACAACCUUUCCAUGUUGUCAUGGAGAACAUUUCAGAACUUUAACAUUUCAUUUCCGCUUCUUCUAUCUGGGAACCCCCUGGACUGUGUUUGUGAGAACUUGUGGAUCAAACUGAGACUCCAAGAAGAGAUGGACAGUCCAGAGCUGACGUGCACCGAAGAGAGUGGAGGGACGAGGGACUUUGCAACGUUAACUCCACCAGACUGUGUGGUUCCCAAGGUAGAGGUCUUCCCGAGGAGUGUGACUGAAAUGGAGGGUGGUAAUGUGAAAGCUGUGUGCAGCGCCUCGGGCUCCCCUUUUCCUGUGAUCCAGUGGAAUCCUGAAAUGCUGUCAACCAAAUUUGUGAUGGAUCCCUCGGAUACGAAGAGCAGCCUCAUAUUGUCAGGCCUGUCUCCAGAUGAUAACGGCAAGGUGGUCGUGUGCAGCGCCGAGAACAUGGUUGGUCAGAACGAGGCCACGCUUAUGCUCAAUAUUCUCUUUCCCCCCACCAUCCAGAACCUGAUGCCCCCAGAACGGGACCACCACUGGUGCAUCCCCUUCACCGUGACAGGAAACCCCAAGCCCUAUCUGCACUGGUACCACAACAACAUGCUGCUGCAGGAGCAGGACUUCAUUCGCACCAUGAUCCACGAGUCCACAGAGAAUGAAGACCACGGCUGCCUGCAGCUAGUCAACCCCACACACAUUCACAACGGCGAGUACAAACUGGUGGCAAAGAACAAAUUCGGCCAGGAUGAGAAGACGGUCAGCGCCCAGUUUAUCGAUCCGCCUUCCGGGCCAGAUGAAGAGUAUGAUGACACACCACUGCCUCCACUGGACGACAGUGUUGCAGUGUAUGUAGUUGUGGGAAUAGCUGGAGUUGCCUUGACUGGCUGUGUUUUGAUGGUCAUCAUUCUGAAAUAUGGAAGAAACUCAAAGUUUGGUAUCAAAGGCUCCUCCUCUGUAAUCAGCAAUGACGAUGACUCCGCUAGCCCUCUUCAUCACGUCUCCAAUGGCAACAACACCCCGUCGUCCUCAGAAAUGGGUCCAGAUGCGGUGAUCAUUGGCAUGACAAAGAUUCCUGUAAUUGAGAACCCGCAGUACUUCCGUAACUCCGGCAGCAUUCUGAAAUCCGACACGUUUGUCCAUCACAUCAAAAGACACAACAUAGUGCUGAAGCGGGAGCUGGGAGAAGGAGCCUUCGGGAAAGUGUUUCUUGCAGAAUGCUACAACCUGGUGCCAGACCAGGAGAAGAUCCACGUGGCGGUCAAGACCCUGAAGGAGGCCACCGAGAGCGGCCGAGCAGACUUCUACAGAGAGGCUGAGCUUCUCACCAACCUGCAGCACGAACACAUCGUCACCUUCUACGGGGUGUGCGUGGAGAGCGACCCGCUCAUCAUGGUGUUUGAAUACAUGAAGCACGGCGACCUGAACAAGUUUCUCAGGUCUCACGGUCCUGAUGCGGUUCUCAUGGCAGACGGUCAGCACAGUAUCCUAGUGGAGCUAACGCAGUCCCAGAUGCUGCACAUUGCUCAACAGAUUGCUGCUGGGAUGGUCUACCUGGCUUCGCAGCAUUUUGUCCACAGAGACUUGGCAACAAGGAACUGCCUGGUAGGAGAAAACCUACUUGUCAAGAUUGGAGACUUUGGCAUGUCCAGAGACAUUUACAGCACAGAUUAUUACAGAGUGGGCGGUCACACGAUGCUGCCCAUUCGCUGGAUGCCCCCGGAGAGCAUCAUGUAUCGGAGGUUCACCACAGAGAGCGACGUGUGGAGCCUCGGCGUGGUGCUGUGGGAGAUCUUCACCUAUGGCAAGCAGCCCUGGUACCAGCUCUCCAACAAUGAGGUGAUUGAAUGCAUCACGCAGGGCCGAGUGCUGCAGCGGCCCCGCACCUGUCCCAAGGAGGUGUAUGACCUGAUGCUGGGCUGCUGGCAGAGGGAGCCCUACAUGAGGCUCAACAUCAAGGAGAUCCACAGCAUGCUCCAGAGCCUGGCCAAGGCCUCACCCGUCUAUCUGGACAUACUGGGCUGAUGCGCCAACAUCCAUGUAUGUUUGUUUUACGUGUGCUUUGUGUGUGGACGAGUAUUCCAGUGUUUUUACGGCACAUGGUUAAGGCGGGGGUGGGGGGGAAGUGACGGCCUCGUCUGUGUACAGAAUCUGGCUGUAAAUGCCGACCGUCCAUGUCUUACGUUACAUGGAGAGAAGCCUUAAAUUUUAGGUUUGCUUUUUUUUUAAGUUAAUUUGCAAACUCUUUGAGGCAUGUUUCAAAAAAGAAAGGAAAAAAAAUGUGGAAUUUUUUCCCCAAUCCUGCACUGCAGACACACACAGGUGUAAAAUAAAUAAAUGAACAGACUCUGCGAUUCAUUCAUCUCUGCUCUGCAUUUUAUGUCUGGUGGAAAUAAAACAAUACAAAAGGAAGAAAUUCUCCUCGAAAGAAGAUGUAUGUAGAUAAAAUGUUUUGAUUUCAAAAAUAGCUCAAGUUAAAAGUUGGAAAAGGCCAUACGACAUUUUGCUUCUGUUCUUUAAAUACCUCCAUCGUUUAUGUUUUUAUUCUCUAAUAUAAAAAAGUUAGUUUGUGAAAAUGUUUUAAAUGUAGCUAUAAAACCUUUUUCAUACAUGUCUAAAGCACAGAGAUGUGGGAUUCGGCUACACAGGUUGUUUCACUUUUUUUCUUUUUUUGUUUGUUUGUUGUUCGAUGGCUCAGAUGUCUCAGUUUUGAGGUUUUGCACAGUUCGGGAUUUCAGCAGACAGGAGGGAGUUCAUGGUAAGGGCCACCAGGGCAUUUUAAUGCAAUUCAUCAAUGUGAAUCAAUGAUUUAUGUGCUUUUUUAACAAAAUUUUUUUAGUUAUACAAAUGAGACUGCAGUGAGCGCUUUAACAAGCAUUUAACCGUCUAAGUUGAAACACGGGUGUGUUCAAUCUGACACGAAGCACGUUUCAUUCCAAGUUAGCCAUCUUUAAAUGCACUCAUGUUGUCAUCUGUAGUUUUACAUUUAUAAAAUAAAAACAACCAAGGUGCAGACAUUCACAAAUCAACUUCUGUUAAUCUUAGCAAAAAAGAAAAAAAGAAAAGAAAAAAAGACAAUCCGUCCAUAAAACUAGCCUCUGUUUUUGCUAAAUGAAUGUGUACAGAAAUAAGACAGAGUUCAGUUUAUUGAGUGCACUUUGUAGCAUUUUGAAACCCUCAAAUCAAAUCAAAACGUAACACAUUUUCCUGAUUAAAAACAAAGGUUUUUGUGUGUGUUGCUUUAUUUAUUUUAUUUUAUUAUACAGUGUUCUGUAUUACAUCAUGUGUCUGCUGUACAUAACCUGUUGUUCAUUCUGUACAGUUCUGAUAUCUGUCUAUAUCAAUAGUAGGCUAUGUUUAAUAGUAUAAUCUGUUUUAAGCAGGUAUGUCCAAAACUGUGUGACAUCUAUCGAAGACAAUGUGUUAUGGGCCACUGGCAAUACGUACUAACUGUAAAUAGGAUUUGAUUUGUGCUGCGUUGUAUGAUUUCUUUGUGCUCGUUCAUAUAACCAGUGAAAAAACAAUCCUCUUUUUUUUUGGUUUUUAUUUUGGGCAACCUUUGAUCUGUAAAGGACUUUAAGACAAUGUGAUUUUCUCUGAAGAAAAACGUGAAUUUUUUUUCUCCACUGUGAUGUGGAGCCGAGGCGGUCUGAGAGGCUGCCUGUCUGUAGGAGGACCACAGACUCUAAACAUCAGGAUUUCUCCUCACCCAGCACGGCGUCCCAGCAGAUGUGUGGUGGACGGAGGCGAGGUCAAAAGGUCUCCACCUGUCCCACCCUCCACAGCUCUGACCACCUCAGACUGACUGUAGCCUAUUUUGAUCCUCUUUCAGAUGAAUAACUGUGACUUUGCAUCAUGAAUAGUAUAUUAUUUUGAAUGUAAUCUAGAUGGGCGGGGACCUUUUUUGAAUGUAAUGUAUAUCUGGGUGGGGAAGGGGUUAAAGGAUUUUUUUGUAAAUAUAUGUUAAAAGAAGAAAAAAAAGUGGGGGGUUACAGUUUUCAAUCCUGUGAAAAUAACUAAUUUUACUUAUGAGAAUACAAAGAGUGUGUUUGCGUGCAUUUGCACAUACAUCUGUGUGCAGGAGUGUGUGCGCAUCUGUAUUUGUGUCUGUCUGGAUGUGUGUGUGUGUGUGGUGGGGGGGUGGUGCUCCCAGCAGAUUUGAUCCUGCUAUAAUCAGCCAGUUCUAUCAAUCAAUUCAGAGCUUUGUGCAUCAUGUGAGUAGCUUAUCCACAAUUAAUGGAAAUGUUUCUUGUGAUACUGUGCAUUUAUUAAAGGUGGUAUGUCUUACAACA